CGCUGCUCGACCGGGAGCAGAUCCGUGUCCGGUCUCGCGUAUGUUGCCUGCCUAGUCGACGAGCAACUGGGGAAGUGAGCACAACGCCAGAAGGUCACCCCUACAGAGAUCGUGCUUCGAAGAUGUGGUGGGCACCGUUGGUGACUGCCUCAGCUGCGUGGAGCGUGGUGGCCGCGUCGAGCGGACCGUUCUCGUGUCCGAGUCUGGAACUGUGCAGCUGUGUGGAGGAGCGUGUGGAUUGCGCGUGCCCGUUAGGGGACGAGGCUCUCGACUUGUUCGCGUUGUUCGAGCCUGACGUGGAGUACAUCAGCGUCAGGCACUGCGGAGUCGUGCACGUGCCGCCGUAUCUGGUUGCCAGUCUGUCACUCGAAGAGUUCACGCUGAGCGACAUCGGCCAGCUGGUCGUUCGCUCAAUGGCCUUCGAGAAGGUGUCCGCGGUGCGCACCAUGCGAAUUCACAAUGUGCGAAACCUCACCCUCGAGCACCUGGCCCUGCACGGACUACGCGGCACCGAAUUGCUGGAGAUGGACAACGUGACCGUGGCCGAGCUUCUGCCUGCUGCACUGGCUGGCUUCACAGACGUCCAGGAGCUGGCGAUCCGCGACUCGCAUCUCGGACAGGUCCACUCCAUGGCGCUUCUGUUUGCGAAGGGCAAGUCAUUCCGGUUCUCCAACACGUUAGUGGACCAGGCGCAGAACGGCUCCUUCGUGUUCGACUCAGUCAGCACCAUCGAGGUGUCGAACUGCACAUUCGGAAACGUCAGCGGGGCCCCUCUGUCGGCCACAAACGCGACAGAGGUGAUCGUCCGUGACUCCAAGUUCCGACGAACUCCGAGGGCACGGGAGCCUGCUUCUGCUUGGAGGUCCCAACGCGACCUCAGUCGUCUUCGAGAACAACCGCAUAGACGUCGUUGGGACGAAGCUCUGGCGCAGCUGUCGUCGGCGAAGAACGUCACGUUUGCCCGAAACGUGAUCCGAACCGCGAAAGAAGGCGCCCUACCAUCGGGACCGGCCGUGAAAUUUGCGAAUAACUCUUUCCUGUGCUCGUGCGACGCGUCGUGGCUGUGGAGGCGCAAAACCGUGGUAGGUAGCACCAGCGUCUACGAAGCAGCCGCGGUGAUCAACUCGAGCCUCUGCGUUGGUCCGCCUCCGCUGGACGGACUGAAUAUGAACGAAGUCGAGCCUGUGCCGGCCAACGGAACCUGCAGGUUGAUGAAGACGUCGAAACGCGAGGCACGCGGAAGGUGCUAGCACGACUCAGCGGCGUGCUCACUGCAUCUCAGGAUUCAAUGCGAGCGCGUGGCUGUUGGACUGUUCUGGCCGUCCUCGUGGCACUCGCAAUGCCGCAUUGACUAACGGGACAUUUCGUAGGGAACAAACUCCCUUCAAGCGCAACAGCGAUGGUUGGCAUCAUGACAUGCUGGACAUGUUAUGGCACGCGCCUACGUAGUGAAAAGUGAGGGCCUCUCCCACUGCGUGCUUAGUCAAACACUGCGCAUAUGUAAAGUGAAAUACCUAUCCUCGUGCCUACUCCCCAUCUCCAUUGCCCGUUCAUUCCCUCUUCCACCUGCACGGCAGCAAACCGGGAAAACCGGGCAAAGGGAGGGGAAGACCCUCCCUCUCUGUCUUCCCUACAUUCUCUCUCUCUCUCUCUCUAGUCCUACAGGACUGGACGCACCCAUCGUCUUUGUUUGAUAUCGGAAGAAUGGUAGCUUGAAAUGACCCAGUCGGCCGUUUUUUUUUAGAUUGAUUUGACAUGUUUGAUUGGAAAUGUCCAGGUGUGUGUUUGAAGAUUUAAAGUAUAUUUGCCGAGCUUUGUAGCUGUCCUAGCGCUCAUCUAAUCAGAUCACCUUUCAUCGCACACUUAUAUCUCAUUAUAGAAAGUUGAAAUCCAGAGUGAGGUGUAAGUAAACGUUGGCAAAUGACAGAGUCAUUCAUCACUUAUACAUACAUAAAUAGAGAGAGUGUAUGCCUUCCAUAUGCAUAAGAACCUUGUGUCCUAUAUUCGAGAAAACAUCUCACGCUGGAAUAGCUCAUUACAGUAACUUACAACCAUUCAUGACAGCAGCAAAAAGUAUUAAAGAACGAGGUGGGCAGCCAACGGCAAGGAACGACAUAUAUACGAUCGAAAAUAUUCACGAGAACUCCGCCAUCAUCGCGGCUUAUAUUUUGGUGCUUUUUACAUUUUUGCCGAAUUAUUCUCACGUGCUCCGUGUCCAUUCAUACAAAAUUCAGGCUGCGCAAUUGUCUAGAAUUCCUGCGACUAAAUUUGCAAAACUUUUCUACGUGAGUUUUGAGGUCACUUAGUCACUUUCACAAUAAUUAUCUCCGCCGUAAAAAUUUGUUUGAAUUUGCUCGUAAACUAUUAUUCGGUUUAUUGACUUUUAUUAUGGUAUCCUGAACUAGUACAUUGGUAAUUGUGUCAUUUAUGUACACGCCCAUACAUGUAUAUAGGCCUGUGUGUGUUUGUUUCUUUUUUCGUCUUUUUUGUUUGAUUUGUCCGCUGUUGUAUGCUGGACUUGUGGUACCAGGUGGCAGGUGCCUUGUCAGGAGGGUAUAAACGCGUCUUUUGCUCCAGUACCAUGACAAUUUGUGUCUCGUGUAUUGUCAGAACUGUAAAUAAACUGCAAAUGGUUCGAUGUCGA